CGAGCCUCCCGAUCCCCCCCUCCACCUCUCCGCCUACCAUCGCGCGCCAGGUGAGCGACAGCGAAUAAAAAUCCGAUCAUUCACUCGAUCCUACUACCGUUAGCGCAAUCUCUCGCGGGAUUUUCCGGCGGCCGGGCUCCGUCGGCGGGUUCGGGCGCGGUGAUUGUCCUGCCGCCGCGAUGGAUCGCGCCGAGCUCACCACCGAGCAGGUUCUCAAGCGGGACAUUCCAUGGGACCAUUACAUGUCAACUAAGCUGAUUUCUGGGACAUGCCUUCAGCUUUUACGGCGCUAUGACCACAAACCAGAAAGCCAGCGAGCUCCUUUGCUUGAUGAGGAUGGGCCAGCCUAUGUCCGAGUUUUCCUGAAUAUCCUGCUAAGUAUCUCCAAAGAGGAGACUGUUGAAUAUGUGAUUGCCCUAAUUGAUGAUAUGCUUGCAACGAAUCCUAAACGAGCAGCAUUAUUCUAUGACAAAUCCCUGUCUGGUGAAGAUAUUUAUGAGCCUUUCUUAAGAUUGCUCUGGAAAGGCAACUGGUUUGUACAAGAAAAAAGCUGUAAAAUAUUGACCGAUAUAACAAGUGCACGACCUAAGCUUCAGAAUGGCAUGCUUCCAAAUGGAGAGGCUUCAAAUUCAAAGAGCAAGCUUACAUCAACACAUGAUGUGUUAAGAGGUUUGGUUGAUUGGCUCUGUUCUCAGCUGAGGGAUCCUACCCACCCGAACUGUUCUAUUCCUACUGCUAUCCAUUGUCUCUCCACUUUGCUAAAAGAGCCAUACGUUAGGACAUUAUUUGUUCAAGCUGACGGUGUGAAGCUGCUCAUUCCUUUAAUAUCUCCAGCUUCUACACAACAGUCAAUUCAGCUCCUCUAUGAAACUUGCCUCUGCAUCUGGCUUUUAUCCUUUUAUGAUGCAGCAGUUGAUUAUUUGUCCACUACGAGAGUUAUGCCAAGACUUGUAGAGGUUGUCAAAGGUUCUACUAAAGAGAAGGUUGUCAGAGUUGUUGUCAUGUCCUUCCGUAAUUUGCUGGCAAAGGGUGCAUUUGCUGCCCAGAUGAUCGAUCUUGGAUUGCCACAUAUAGUACAGAAUUUGAAAGCUCAAGCAUGGACUGAUGAGGAUUUAUUAGAUGCACUGAAUCAACUAGAGGUUGGACUCAAAGACAACCUUAAAAGGUUGAGUUCAUUUGAGAAGUACAAACAGCAAGUUCUUCUUGGUCAUCUUGACUGGUCUCCAAUGCACAAAGAUCCAAGUUUCUGGCGCGAGAACAUCAAUAAUUUUGAAGAAAAUGAUUUCCAGAUUCUACGUGUCCUCAUGACAGUCAUCGACACAUCGACAGACACCAUUGCUCUAGCUGUGGCCUGCUACGACCUUUCACAGUUCCUUCAGUACCACCCUUCCGGCCGAAUAGUGGUGGUGGACCUCAAGGCGAAGGACCGAGUUAUGAAGCUCAUGAACCAUGAGAACGCCGAAGUGAGGAAAAACGCGCUACUCUGCGUGCAGAGGCUCUUCCUUGGUGCGAAGUAUGCCAGUUUCCUGCAGGCUUGAGACCGAGGAGUUUUUGUAUGUAGAUCCAGAGAACCCCAGCCAUUUUUCAGAAUGGCCGAAAGAUGAUUGAGAAAGAAAGACCUCGAAAAUUCUUGUCCAGUAUACCCUAUUGCUAUUUGAUUUCUGGAACCGAUGUAUAAUAAAUAAGCAGCCAUACCUUGCUCGAUGUAAUAAAGUGUCUAUGGGCUUGUUGAGUCUUUCGUUUCUCUGAACAGUGCUCUCCGAGGUGAAAAAGACACAAUGUAUGUACAUUUUUACAUGUAACCUUGGCAGACUACUACUUUUUUAUUCUGCUAUUUUUCUACUCGACAA